AUGUCGGAACAGUCAGGGCCAGCUCCACCAGAGCCGACGGCUGAGCAGCUAGCGUUUGCCGAUGCCAACUUUCAACCUGUAGCGCUCGGUUUGGAUCCCGAGUCCAACCAGCUCUCUUCUCCAACGCACGAUCUGACAGUCCUCAAUGCGCUCAUUCGCAGUCUACAAGCGCUACCUCCUCAAAUCCCCAUCCCACCACCUCCCAACGUCGUUCCGCCUCAACGAAGCAUGGCCAUUCAAAAGGCAAAAGAGGACGGCAAUGCAGCUUUCAAGAAGGGAGACUUGACCGAAGCGAUCAGAUUGUUCACUCUGGCCAUCGACGUUGCCGCUUCCAGGCCGCUGUGGGAGAAUAAUCAAGUGGCGAGGGAUGAGUUGGCAAUCUGCUUUGCGAACAGGAGCGCGGCCUUUGCGGAAGCCGGGGACUGGACCGCCGCUUUGGCAGAUGCAGAGGGUGUGGUGAAGCUCAAGAGGCCUUGGAGCAAGGCUCAUUUCAGAAAGGGCAAAGCUUUGGCGGGCCUCAACAGGUAUGCAGAGGCCAGAGCAUCUUAUCACUUGGGUCUUAGCUUUGAUCCGGACAGCGCAGUGAGUGGUAUUUGCAGCUCGACGAGGCUUUUUGAGAUGCGCGCGACAUGUCAAGUAUGCUGAUCGCAUUCCAUCUCGUUCGCCUGUCCAAAUCGAAGGAUCUGAAAGGUGCUUUGGCGGAGCUACCGUCCAAUUAG